AUGCCUGCACCGAAUAUCACUCUGCUGUGCGUGUGCUUUGGGCCGAUGCUCAUCGGUUUGGUGCUCAACACACUGCUCUACGGCGUGCGUGUUCUUCCCAAGUGGCUCUUACCCCCGCAGGGUGCACAACCGCCGACAGAUCAUGGUCACCCAAAUGCUCAAGUACUACCGGCGCUACCCCACAGACCCCACAUGGAUACGCUUUUUUAUGCUCUACCUGCUGGUUAUCGAGACGGCCGUCGUCGUCGUGGAGUGCGGGAUCGUGUACCAGCCGCUGAUCAUCCAGUUCGGCACGAUCGCGGCCGUGACCAAAUUCCCUGUCCGUGCUGCUGCCUGGUGGUCAGUCCCGUGCUUUCCGACGAUUCUUUACAAACGAUAAGUACCCCUAGAUUCGCUCUUGAUCGCGCUCGUCUCCGGGCCGGUCCAGCUGUUCUCCGCCUGGCGGAUAAAAGGCACUUCAUCUCCCGGUCGUACGUCCUCCCGGUGAUCAUCAGCAUCCUCGCGCUGGGGUCCUUCGCGCUGGGGGUGACGACGUGCGUGCGCGUCAUCGUGGCCGCCCGGUUCGUCAACUUCUCGAUGCUCGAGCACACGACAGCUGCGUGGCUGAUCACGACGUGCGUGUGCGACAUUGUGCUCGCGGCGGGCAUGGCGCGCGCGCUGCUGUCGCGCAAGACGGGCUUUGCGCACGUGGACUCGCAGAUUAAUAGGAUUGUCCGCCUGUCGAUCGAGAGCGGGUCGAUAACUGCGGCAGUCGCGAUCCUCGACCUCGCGUUUGCACUCGGCUUCAAGCACCGCGCUAUCAACUUCAUCGUCGACUUCCCGCUCUCGACGCUGUACACGUGCUCCGUGCUCGCGCUCAUGAACUCGCGCCAGCCCGGCGAGCGCGGGCGCUCGGGCUCGCGGUCCGGGGACGCGGAGCGCGGGGCGGGGCGGAGCGUGAACGUGCUGUCGUCGUCGGGGCACGGCAGCUCCGGCACGCGCCCGCCGGCGCCGAUGUCGUUCGCGCUGGGGAGCAUGGGCGGCAGCGAGGGGAACAUGAAGUACGUGCACGCGGAGGUGUACGAUGGGAGGGGGAAGGCGGUAUAG